UCGAUAUUUUGGGAGCGAGCGGUGUCGUCGUGUUGCUCCGGUCAGACGCAGCGAGCUCGAGCGUUCAACGUCCUCUCCGCAUCCCGAUUGGCUGAAAAUUUCCACCGACAAAGUGAAGGUGGAGGUGCAGACUGAGCGAUGGUGGUCCUGCAGCUGCUGCUCUUCGCUCUCAUGUCCCCUGGGGCUCUGGGCCGAGGUUCAGGGCACUCCCUGUGGAUCCUGGCCACUUACAUCACAGGAGAGACGCCAUUCCCUGAGUUCACGGCUGUCCUGAUGCUGGACGACGUCCAGCUCGGAGUCUUUGACUCAGAGAGCGACCAGCUGGUGGGGGUCAGAGGUCAGGAGGAGGAGCCGGAUGUCAGCCAGGAGGGAGUGAGCGUGCUCAGAGAAACGUUUGCCACCUUGAGGACGAAGCUGUCGCUGGUCAGGCAUCGCUUCAACCUGACGGCAGGCGUCCACGUGCAGCAGAGGCUGGUGGGCUGUGAGACACUGGAGGACGGAGUGCCGGCGUUCAUCAUGUUCAGAGACAGCUCGGACGGCGAGGACGCCGAGGGCAUGAUGUACAACAUCACGCACUACACCUUCUCUGCCGGAGGCCGCUGGGAUGUCCAGUGGGACGCCAGCAAGAGGAUGUUCUACCAGCUGCUGUACUCCAACGUCUAUCUUCCCCAAUGCAUGCAGACGCUGAAGAUCCUCCUGGACAGAGAGAAGCGCCUGGUGAUGCGUAGGGUUCCUCCUCGGGUUCGAGUCAUGGUGAAGCAGGUGGUGGGCGGGGCUCAGGUGACCUGCCUGGCCACCAACUUCUACCCUCGGCACAUCAACCUGACCCUGCUGCGGGACGGGGAGCCCGUGGACCACCACGACCUGUCCGGUGGCUCCGUACUGCCCAACGCCAACGGGCUAUACCAAGUCAGGAAGACACUUAUGGUGAGUGGUGAGGAGCUGCGGCGGAGACACAGAUACACCUGUACGACCUCUCACCUGAGCCUGGACAACAGGCUGGAGGUCAGCUGGCAGGCGGAGGCAUCCCGCUCCCACAAGGCGGCGAUCGUCUCCGUUCCAGCCGGCCUGGCGGUCACUCUGCUCAUCGCUGUCCUGUGGUGGAGGAGGAGGAGACUCCCACAGCCCCAGGGCGGAGGUCGUCGCCAUGGAAACCCCAGAAGCGUCACGCCGAACGAGCAGCCGGGAGGGUCCAUGACAGAGACGCCUGAAUAAAACUGUCAUCUUGUGGGAUUUUCUUUAAAUUGUUCCGGAAAAUUUUGUUGUCCUUUACAGUUUGAUCUGAACCUUGAACAUCU